UUGGCCAGCCCCUUUUUGCCUGAGCUGUCAACUUGGACUUUCUGCCUGUCUGCUAGCUUGUCAAUAAUGGGAGGGGUCACAAGAGACCACCGGUUGACUUAUUUGCAGACUUUCACCUGCACCACUACAGCAGGCGUGACCAGCAGAACUCUCACUGCCCCUUUGGAUGUGGUCAAAAUCCUGUCUCAAGUUGGGACCAGGGAAACAAAACAAGGAUUCCUCAAGGCAUUUGUUAACUUGUACCAGUCUCAGGGCCUGAGGGCAUUCUGGAAAGGGAACCUGAUUGGUUGUCUGCGACUGUCCCCCUUCAGCACCAUACAGUUUUCGGCGUUUUACAAGUUCAAGUCGAAGCUUGCAGAUGAGAAUGGUCGGAUGAGUCCCCCGAAGGCCUUGCUGGCCGGAAGUCUGGGAGGAAUGGUUGCCACGGUAGUGACCUACCCAACGGACAUGGUGAAGACGCGACUGAUUGUGCAGUCGACGGAUAAGAGGAAACGGCGUUACCGAGGAAUUGUCCACGCCUUCAAGUUAAUCUUGAAGGAGGAAGGGCUGCUGGCCUUCUAUAAAGGGCUCUAUGUGUCAUUACUAGGUUCCCUGCCCUUCAGUGCCUGUACCUUCCUGAUCUACGAGUUACUAGACUCCAUAUGGGAUUGUCCACGUUACAUGCUCACCCCUGCACAGAACUUUUUCAAUGGAUGUGUGGCGGCAGCCUUUGCACAGACCUUGUCCUUUCCUUUCGAUACUGUCAGGAAAAAGCUCCAGGCCCAAAGCUUUGUGAUGAAGAAUGGAGGGGGCGUGGACAUCCAUCCGUUCCGGGGGAUGAUAAUGGCCUUCAGGAAGACGACUGACAUGUACGGAAUGAAGGGGCACUGGAGAGGAAACGCAGCAAAUCUUUGCAAGAUUAUUCCUUAUGCUGGCCUGAUGUUCAUGACGUUUGAGGCGUGCAAGAGAGGUUUCCUCUUCCAAAACGGCUACACUCAGUCCCUGUCUGACGACACCCCUUUGCCUGGGGUAGACCAGACACUCAAGCCUGAUGAAGUGGCCAGCUACAUGCCCAGAUGACAACCGAGUAAUGCCGAGACUGCCUCGGCUAAUGCAUGAUGGGAUUGAUGCUUCAACGUCCGUGUCAACGAGAUCUGGAGCCUGAAACUGAAAACGGAGCAGUAAACGAGCCAAAACGGUGUUCAGAAAUGUUGGAUGGUGUCUAGUAUUGCCCGUGUGCGAGGACGGUAGAGGGCGGUGUUUCCGCUGUCCAUGAGAUUCAAGCGUGGGCACUCUGAUGGCAGACAUAUGAACGUACGUCAAGUGGAUGAAUGGUACAUUCUGGUAUCCAAAAUGUACGCCAAACCUCUGCAUACACUGUGCGCCAUUUGUCAAUGCUUGUGGAACACUCACAUUGUAGAGAUAGCAAUAAAGUGCCAUUAAGUUCACGGUAAUAUCACGUUCAUCAUUCUAAUGAAAGAGUUCUUUUCACAAGGUAGCUAUAUCAUGCCCUAAAGGUAACCACCACAGAAAUGCUGUGUUUUGGUUUACUCCUGCUUUACAGCACCACAGAAUGGGACCGCAUAUGAAUGACAAGUGAACAUUAGUUGAAGUAAACAAAGACGUUUUUAUUCCAAAUAUCGAUCUACAUACUAUUUCAUAAAAGAUGAUUUUUUUUAUCAGUUUUCAAUAACCUCCAUAAUAGCACCAAUUAGUUUUGACAGCACUAGGUUGGCCACCGUCAGGCAUUGCAAGUGGGAAUUACAAGUGAACAUUAAAUAUACUUUUCAAAGUACCAAUCUACAUACUAUUUAAAAACAAGAUGAUAUGAUCAGAAUACUGUGAGAUAAAACCAGCACACAUACAUGUAGCACUAGUAUCAGCCAACUGCUAUAACAGUAAAAGAACAGUUGUUUUCCUGAAACAAACAAAAUAUGCUAGAUUUGUAAGGAUAUUGCAAUGGUGUCAUUCUCCAUAUAAUUGAACAAGUCUCGACCCAUUAAAAAGUUAGCUAUUUCAAAUUAGUUUUUCUUGACCCAUUAAAACGUUAGCAAUUUCAAUUUA